AUGGCCUCGUUAUCCUUCACAUUAUUACCUGAGGCGCUUAUGCAGCUCCGUGAUGUACUUAUUUGCCUAUCUAAAUUCAAUGAAACUGUCUCGAUUGAAGCAGACCCUGGCUGUCUACGCCUAUCAACAUUAAAUGUUACCAAAUCUGGCUAUGCAUCGUAUAAGUUUGAUGCAAGGUCCUUUUUUUCGGAGUACUCCUAUAGUGCGUCAGGGAAUAACGGCAAAAAUGGAAAAGAUAAGAUCUCUUGUCAAAUAUAUAUCAAAGCACUGUUGUCUGUGUUCAAAGGGCGGGCCGUUGAUUUCAAAGACAAAGAUACUGCAAUUGAACGAUGUGAGGCCCAGUUACUUGACAGUCCAGAUGAAAUAGAAUGCCGACUUAUCGUGAAGAUGAUUUGCAAACAUGGCGUUUUGAAGACGUACAAGCUCACCUAUGAACCUGCUGAUGUUCAGCACGCACUUUUUGGUAGAUCAGAUUCCCAAAACGAAUGGAAUGUGGAUUCGAGGUUCUUACGUGAAAUACUUGAACAUUUUGGUCGUGGUGCAGAGCAUGUAGAUGUAUAUUGUGAGGAUGGCCGAGCUGUAUUCACAAGCUUUACAGAGAAAGUCAUGGCAGGGACAGAAAUAUUGAAACAGCCGGUUCAUACGUCUGUGUCAAUUGAGACAAGAGACUUUGCCCAUUUUAGCGUUGAAGAAGGAUUGCAUGUUGCCAUCAAUGUGAGAGAUUUUCGAGCAGUUAUUCUCCAUGCGGAUACGCUUAAAGUUCCAAUCACCGCUAGGUAUACGCGGCCGUGUCGACCGCUGCAAUUUUCCUAUGGUAUACCCGGGAUGACUUGUGAAAUCACACUGAUGACGCGGGGGGAAGCUAUCGAUGAGACUGCGUCAGCUCCAUCCCAGAUAAAUACGACGAAGGAGCUUUCGGCGCGACCCGCUCAAGAAUUUGUGGUGAAUGCUGGCGCAGAUGCAGGUCUUAAUGCUCGAUUAUCGCGCAGGGAGCAACAGCAGACGCAGGUACAUGCGCAGUUGCAGCCCGAACCACAAAUAUCGAUGCCGCCACCAGCCUCUCAGCAGCAGGGAGAAAAGCAGAUCAUAUCCCUUGCGCCUGUCGCACCGAUAGAUCAUGAGAGUUUGUUUGUUGCAGCAGACGAUGAUCGCCAGUGGGAUGAGCCUCGCUACGAGGAGGAAGAGAAGGAAGAUAUGCUUCGAUGGGACUCAAAUCUGGACCAGGAGGCCUUGCGGCAGAACCUUGGCGGUACCAUCCAAGAUAUCCUACCCAAGGUGGAAGGGAGCUCUGGGCAAGGCAAUAUUGACGCGAGCCGGAUGGAAGAAGACAGUGCAAUGGGCAUUCCGCCAACCCAGCGGAUAUCUCAGUAUAGUGCUUACUGA